AUGAGUCUCACCGCAGAAAUUGACCUGUGGUCACCUUUUACCAGCGACACUCUGUUGGAGGUUCGCACCAGCGUGAUGAAGAAGAUGCCUGGACUAGAGGUCACAUCCGGAAUCGACAAGGAUUUGAGGCAUGGUCCCAUUCACGUAUCAUAUCUCGGACUCGAUGCGGAUGAGCAUGAUCCAACUUUCCAUGGUGGACCGGAUAAGGCGAUACACGGUUAUUGCUCCUCUCACUAUUCUGGUUGGAAGGCAGAGCAUCCAAUUGCAGCGGACAGAUUCAGACCGGGAGCUUUUGGCGAAAACUUUGUCACCAGACACAUGAAUGAGCGCAACGUUUGCAUUGGCGAUGUUAUCGCCGUUGGUGCCGAAGUCGUGCUCCAAGUCAGUUUGCCACGACAACCAUGUUACAAGCUCAAUCAUCGUUUCCAGUUAAAGAACUUUGCGCCUACGACGUUCAAGUCUAGUAGGACUGGCUGGUAUUAUCGUGUUUUGAAGGAGGGAACAGUCAAGGCUGGCGACGAAAUUAGGCUCGUCGAGCGCAAGUGGCCCAAGUGGACUAUUGAGAGGGUUCAGGAGUACCUGCACCGGAACCAAACCGACGCGGCUAUGAAUGAGGAACUUGCAUCAAUUGAAGACAUGGGCAAGGAAAGUCGUGGCGCAUUCCAGCGACGAGUGGCCAAGGCUAAAGCUCAAGUGAAGAGGGAAAAGGGGGACCAGUGGAGAGACUUUAAGAUUAUCGAAAAGACAAGACAAACCUCGAGAAUCUCAUCGUUUGUCCUCGAAGCCAUCAACCCGAUCGAGAACCCAGAAUAUCUCAACGAAGGGGCUCACGCAAAGCUCAAACUUCCGAAUGGCCUCCUUCGGUCUUACUCCGUCAUCUCCGGGGACCGCAACAAGUUCGAGCUCGGCAUUGCUCUCGAGGAUAAGGGCCGUGGAGGAUCCCUCUACAUCCACAACUCUAUGUCUGUAGGCGACAUCCUUCAGGUUGGGCGAAUGACAACCGACGUACAAGUUGCCAGUGCCUCAAGCAAUCACGUCUUCAUUGUGGGAGGUAUCGGUAUUACCGCCUUUUUGGUCCUUGCCGAGGCCUACCACGAAGUCCACUACAAUUUCGAGAUGCACUACGCCGUUCGCUCGGACGACGAUAUACCGUUUCGUUCUCGCUUGGAUGCUCUUGGGAGUAGUGUUCGAUUUUACGACCGUAGUAAAGGCGAGAGGAUGGAUAUCACCGAGAUCAUCAAGACGCUCAAGUGGAACAGCCACGUCUACGUUUGCGGACCUACGCGAAUGACCGAUGCUGUAAGGGUAGCCGCAGAGGAUUGUGGUCUCGAUGAGGGCGACGUACAUUACGAAGCCUUCUCUGCCGACACAUCGGGAGACCCAUUUGAAGCAGAGGUUCUGAAUCGAGGCGGCAAGAUCCUGAAGGUGGGCGAGGAGGAGACGCUGCUGGAAGUACUUAAGCGGGAGAUCGGGGGCGAUGUGGAGAGUAGCUGCGAAGUCGAUUGCUACAGACGACAACAUUUCUUCGCGUUGAGCCGAUCCCCUGCCAAUAUGUCAACCGCCGAGUCCCAAGGGGAUGGCUUCCUUCUCUUGCCAGUGAAGCUCCCAGCACUUCCCUCGUGCCCCAUCACCGCUCUUCACGAGAUCCGCGUUCGACGAAAUGCGCCCAGGAUCCCGACCGAGAUCGAUGAUCGAAGUCUCUUUCUCAAGAACGUCCCCGUCGACAGCACCGAAGCUCAUUUUCGCCAAGUUUUCUCCGCUCUCGUUGGUCCAGGUCGCUUCGAAAGCAUUGCAUUCGAGGAUGAUCGGAAGAAUGCCGCAGCUGUCGACCCAGUCAACGCUGCGAAGAUUAUGGGUCUAGGCAAGAAGCGCAAGCGCGGCGAACAGGAAGCAGAAGAGAGAGCCCGGGAGGAAGAAAUCGCACGACUGCCCGAGACUUGGACGAGAAGAUUGCGAAAAAGCGGUAGCAGCGCCAUUGCUCUCUUCGCAGAUGAAAAGAGCGUCGAGCUCGUGCUCAAGGCUAUCAGGAAGGCGAACAAGACGACAAAAUUUCCCGUCUGGGGACAGGGUGUUUCCGAGGAUGAGCCCGAGCUUGGAUCCGAAUGGGUAUCUGCACACAUUCAGCUGUCGCGCUGUGACAAGGCGGCAACGCAGAAGUCGGUUCACGCCUUCUUCAACGUUUUCAACCGCAAGGAGAAGGAAGCGGCUGAGAUGGCCAAGAGGUUGCGCAAUGAGCCAGACGAGGACGGCUUCGUCACAGUUGUCCGCGGUGGCCGUGUUGCUCCGGCCAACAAGAACGAGGCCGAAGAAGCCCGACAGAAGAUGAUCGACAGGGCCUCGAAGAAGAAGGACGAGACUACGGACUUCUACCGCUUCCAACUGCGCGAGCGUCGCAAGGCGGAACAAGCCGCUAUGCUGAAGAGAUUCGACGAGGACAAGAAGAAGGUCGAUGCCAUGAAGGAGAAGCGUGGCAAGUUCAGGCCGGAAACAUGA